GCAACCAUUCAUUUCCCCAAUUGCACCAAGAAUUGCUUCUUUCUCUCCCUCUGUCUGAAGUCUGAACCUUGCUUGAGCAUUGAAAUCAAUGCUCAAGCUCAAUGUGUGCUGCUCUAUAAUAGUACCCCUUAGUACUAUUCCAUUAAGAUCACAAAUCGAAACAGGCAGAUUCCAGACAUGGGUAGUUCAGUACAAGGUUAGAAACAAAUUACAUCAGCAGCCAAGAACAAGUUCCAAUAUUGUUGUUAAGGCUUUAAAGGAUGAGAAAGAAGGUUCUAAUGGGUUAUCUGGUCCAAGCUGGGAUCCUGGAUUGGAGUUUGAAGUUCCAUUUGAACAGAGACCAGUGAAUGAAUACGCGUCUUUGAAGGACAGCAGUUUAUAUUCAUGGGGAGAACUGAGUCCAUCAUCGUUUUUAACACGAAUUGGCAGUCUUUGGCUUGUCACUUUCAUCACUCUUGGUGUGCCAGUUGCAGCCGCGAGUUUUAAUCCUACAAAGGACCCUUUAAGGUUUGGGUUGGCAGCUGGGACUGGAACUCUGUUUAUUGUUUCAUUGAUUGUUCUCAGGAUUUAUCUGGGAUGGAGCUAUGUUGGUGAUAGAUUGUUAUCAGCAGUAGUACCUUAUGAAGAGACAGGAUGGUAUGAUGGACAAAUGUGGGUCAAACCACCCGAGAUUCUUGCACGAGACAGGCUGCUCGGCUCAUAUAAGGUGAAGCCUGUCAUAAAACUGCUCAAACAAACACUAGUUGGGACCGGAAUAAUAUUGGUGAGUGCAGUUUUCUUAUUUAUAUUCGCCACACCAAUAGAGGAUUUCAUCCACAAUAGUCCAAAUUCAACCAACCAAAAAUCCAAUCUUAUAAGAAAGGAGAAGCUCUUAAAUCUUCCAAUGGAAGUGAUGAAAGACGACGAUUUAGCAGCAGCGGCAGCUGAGGCUGCUGACGGGCGACCGGUCUAUUGCAGAGAUAGAUACUAUCGUGUGCUAGCCGGUGGCCAGUAUUGCAAAUGGGAAGAUUUACUUAAGUAAUUUAAAAAGAAAAACUCUUCAUCUUGUUAUUAUAUAAAGCUUGGUGCUUACCUUUCUUACUGUGUUGUGUUAUUUGUCAUCAUUUUGGACCUAAAAUCUAAAGUAGAAGGAAACACUAGUACUACAAGAACAUUACAUGUAUGUAAAAGAUACAAGGGCCAACAUUAGGACCAAAGAGACAUAUAUAGAUCUUUCU